AGUCAAUACAAAUAAAAAUAAAACUCCCAAGUGACAUCUUUCGAGUUAAAUAGGAGGAAGGAGAAGGAGUUAUUGGAGGCUAUGUCUCCUCCCAAAGACUGCUAGGAUUUUAUUCGUUGAAAUUAUAAUGAAGUUGCGGAAGUUCAAUAUGUGUCUUUUAUGAUAAACCUGUGGCGGAAGAAAUAUAGUUUCAAGGCAAAAACUUGUAGGUUUGGUACAUUGAUUUAAAAAGCAGUUAGUGAAUGUUGAUUCCUCAUGAUGCUGUAGAUUAUCCGUAUAAUUUUAAUUGAAGUUGAUAUUUAUUUUUCGAUAAUCAAAACCAUGGCUAUGUCUAAUUUAUACUCGAAAAUCUCCACAAAACCAGUGAAAAGGGCUCAGCAAGACAAGGAAACUUUGCCAAUGUCUCAAACAAAUACUUGGCUCAAUGCAGAAACCCUCUACAACGGCCCCCUCAGCGUGUCACCUCCCCAGCUGGUGCCCCAGAGGGAAGGCCUCCAGGUGAUCCAACCUAGCAGCGCUUCCGGCUCGCCGUUUUCGAGUCCCUGUGUCUCCCCAGUGAAUCCGCAAGGUACCCAAGAUCCCAACUGGCAGGCCGUCAAAUCUACAGUGAGAGAACGGAAUGCGGCCAUGUUCAAUAAUGAGCUUAUGUCCGAUGUGAAAUUCAUCGUAGGCACGCCUAACAACACUCAGGUUGUACCGGCUCAUAAGUAUGUUUUGGCCACGGGGAGCUCCGUGUUCUACGCCAUGUUCUACGGAAGUCUGGCCGAGUGUAAAGAGGAGAUAGAAGUACCCGACGUUGAACCGUCAGCUUUUCUCACCCUAUUGAAAUACCUGUAUUGUGAUGAAAUCCAAUUAGAGGCCGAUAAUGUCCUCGCUACAUUAUACGUGGCUAAGAAAUACAUCGUCCCGUAUUUGGCACGUGCAUGCGUAAAUUUUUUAGAGACCAGCCUCACAGCGAAGAAUGCUUGUCUUCUUCUGAGUCAAUCACGUCUUUUUGAAGAACCUGAAUUGAUGCAACGGUGUUGGGAAGUGAUAGACGCCCAGGCAGAAAUAGCCCUCAAAUCAGAAGGAUUUACGGAAAUAGACAGGGCAACGCUGGAUUCAGUGUUGGCUCGAGAAACUCUCAACUGUAAAGAAAUGAAUCUAUUAGAGGCAACUCUCAAUUGGGCAGCUGCGGAAUGCGGGCGCCAGGACAUUCCAUCUACUCCUCAAAAUAAGAGGAAAGUCCUCGGGAGUUCUCUUUAUCUCAUCAGGAUUCCGACCAUGCCGUUAGAGGAAUUUGCGAAUGGAGCUGCUCAAAAAGAAAUACUCACACAACAAGAAACUAUCGAUAUAUUUUUUCAUUUCACAGCUAAUUUUAAACCUACUCUUCAAUUUCCAACACAGCCUCGAGCUGGUUUGAAAUCCCAAGUUUGUCAUAGAUUCCAAUCAUGUGCCUAUAGAUCGAACCAGUGGCGUUACAGGGGUCGUUGCGACAGCAUUCAAUUCUCAGUCGACCGACGAAUUUUCGUGGUCGGUUUCGGCCUUUUUGGAUCCUCGAAUGGAGCUGCGGACUAUAUGGUCAAAAUCGAGCUCAAGCGUCUGGGACGAGUUCUCGCGGAAAACAACACUACCUUCUUCUCGGACGGCUCCAGUAACACCUUCCACGUCUACUUCGAGAAUCCGAUACAAAUCGAACCAGAAUCAUUUUAUACAGCCUCUGUAAUAUUGGACGGUAAUGAAUUGAGCUAUUUCGGUCAGGAGGGUAUGAGUGAAGUUACCGUGGGUCAAGUGACAUUUCAAUUUCAAUGUUCGUCGGAGAGUACAAAUGGUACGGGAGUUCAAGGUGGACAGAUUCCCGAAUUGAUAUUCUAUGGACCAAACUAUGAGGAGUUGUAAUGAUAGUUGCACUCUGAAUGCUGAUAAUUUGUUCAUAAUGUUCUGUUGAUUUGUUUUUUACUUGCUGACUUUAUUCUUAUAGUAUUCACUCGAAAUGGUUUUAUAUUGGUGAUAUAUUUAAACUUUAAAACUAUAGAAAUUAUAAUUAUUUAAUAGA